AUGACGACCAUCCAUCUUCUGACUCUUCUCCUUCUGACCCAUUUCUUUAGUUUUACGGUAUCACCAAAACUCUGCAGAGUCCGUCAAUUGUCUGUCUGCCUGUAGGUGCCCAGUUUGACGAUGAUGCUGGUGUGGGGAGUUCCGAAGAGCCCCAAGAAUGGAGAUGUGAACUCGUCGUUGACGUGGGAUGAAUGCAUUGACGCCUGCUAUCAGUCACAGCCGUGCAUUGUAUGGGAACUAGUUGAAGAACCAGGGAACGGGUUCCCUGAUCCUUUACGGAAACUAGGACACUCUUCUCGUUUCAGUUAGCGUGGCAGAAUGGUUCUUCUUGUCUCACGUUCAAUUAUAAUACUUUUGGAUCGGUCGCUCAGACUGACUCUGGCAACGGGUCAAUAGUGGCAUUCAAAGUGGAGAGUCCCGAUGAUCAAUGUCCGACUGGAGCGAAUCCUCCGACGUUCAAUAACAGCAAUGCUACAGUAGACUCCCCCCUAAUCGUGGUUAUAGAUCCAAUCCCAACAGUUUCAGGGCUCUCUGUACAUUGACUACGAUCCCGAUUACUUUCCAAUGUGGGUAUACUACACCGUUUAUCUCUCUGGCGGCAUUUGGAAAGUUUCAUAUGACUGUAAACAUACUUCUCCUCUCACAAAUAGUUUAAUGUUUCUAUUUUCAGACAAUAUCAGUUGCACUGGAAUGAUGAACAUAAUUCAGAGAGCAGAUGGAAGUUCGCUUUGCAUUUCUGUAUUCUUAAUAAUUCUGAGCAACAUCUAAAAUAGCUGACUAUUUUUAGAAAUGGUACACACCUAAUCCUUCCGGAUUCUUCUACAAUACUUCGGUUGGACUGUGCUCCAACGAUUCCGCCACUCUCACUUCUUUAUACGGAUCGGAAGACUGGACGUAUUGGAGCCGUAUGUGAAUGAUUCAGACGGAGUCUACGUUUGUGUAAUCCUUCUAGAAACACCGAGAUCAAAUCUCAAUAGUUCGAACACAUACGGAAGAUUGGACGGAAUCCGCACAAAAGCAUGUCAGGCGACUCCGACUACGGCAGAAUGCAUGUCUGUGAAAGUGAGACGGCAGUUGAGGACAAGAAAAAUGAGAAAAAUCUCAGGGAUUCACAUUCACGGGACCAGCGCCGGAUAACUUUGACAACUACAAUUGGGUCACUGAUUCUUCCGCUCAGGCAACAAGCAACGACAACUGCAUUGUGAUGGUGUACAACGGAACAACAGUGAACACGGACGUCCGCAGGUGAGCGAGUAGAUCCAUUCCAGACGGAUCUUUGAUAUGCUCUUCUCUUUCCAGCUGCGUCAACAGUUCACCUUUGCAAGCAUGUAUGGUUUUCUGCUCGAAUGCCGCCUGGGCGUCCUAA